GACAGUUUGGCAACAAAGGUGGUCGUGUAUGCACUUCGCCCUAAAUCUCUGGAGGUGCAGUGGAACAAUCCGGAACAUGUUAUGUCAUCCUUGGCAAUUGCAUACAUGGACAGAAGGCCAAUCGCGACCUGUAAGGGAAGUGGGACGCCAUCUUCACCAGAUUUCUGUACCCUCAGUGACCUGAGGGAUCAUACAAAAUAUGCUGUGAAGGUUCAAGUGUGUGUGAAAAAGUGGUGGUGGAUCAAACAGGCAUGCAAGUACUCUCGAACCAACUACAUAAAAACUCUUCCCUCAGUACCAACUCGUGUGGCCAGUGCCAACUCAUGUGGCCAGUGCCAACUCAUAGUGGCCAACAUCAACGACAUAACCAUCGCAACCGACGAUGCAGUCAUGCAGCCGCGGAUGGCGACACACUUAGGCGUUGAUGCCCGACGCCGCAGCCACCCGGGCCUACAAAAUACCUUGCCGUUACUUCCAGAGGUGGCAAAGGACGUAAGAGUGCUGGCUGUGAGAACGAAAGAACUACAGGUCUCCUGGACCAUCCCCGACCUGGCGCUCGGUAAACUAGCAUCUGCAAAGGCUAUGGCAAUCCUGGAGGGAACACACAUUUCUGUCUGUGCCAUGAAUGCUCCGCCCCACACAUGCGUCCUCUCAGGUCUUGCUCAUGCCACUGACUAUAGAAUCGUCGUCGAAGUUUGCGUCAUUCCCCGAGAUGCGAUGCCGUUCCCUGACUAUGAGGCCGCUUGGUGUUCUACCACGUCCGUCCCUGACUCGGCAAAGGACGUGGCUGUGCUGGCCAUUCAACAGCAAGAACUUAUCGUCCAAUGGACCAUUCCAGACCUGUCGGUUGGUAAGCUGGCAACCUCAAGAGCCAUUGCGCAGCUGGAUGGAGAAGCUGCGACUGUGACUGAAAAGAAGGUGGCCCAAUGCAGGCCCGAAGGGAGUCCCAAGGGACAAGCCACGUGCACUCUAUCUGGACUUUCUCCUUCAUCUAUGUACGCAGUCUUCGUCGAAUUGUGCGUCAUUCCAACGGAUAUGGCAUAUCCUAUUGCCUCACCUUCUGACUGGUGCUCCGUAUCUGGUCCGGUGUCAAGGCAAACUCUCCCACAAUCUCCUGAGAAAGCAACAUCCAUCAUCGUGCAAGCAGUUCAGGGCAAUGCUCUUACAGUCUCGUGGAUAAACCCCGACUCCGUGCACGGUACAGUGGUUUCCGCAAAAGCGACCGCUAGGCUGUAUCCGCAAACUGCCGUGGCAACAAAUUGUUCGGUAAUUGAAGUAGUGCCUGGACCCGCAACCUGUGUGCUCUCUGGACUGGAGGACUUCACGCACUACGAAGUGUCGGUACGUGUCUGCAUCACGCCUAAGGAUGUCGUGCAUCGGAAAGGUCUCCGAAGCGACUGGUGUUCAGAGUCUGCCCCGGUUAUAAGGCAGACACUUCCGGGAGCAGCUCGAGCUGCCGUGUAUGCUCGACACCGAAAUUCUCUGGAGGUCUCCUGGGUCAAUCCAGAUGCGACACAUGGUCCUCUUGCCACUUCCACAGCAAUCGGCUACUGGCGGAGCAAACGGGUGGCCUCUUGUCAGGCUGGCAUCCUCCCCGGGGAACAAGUCAGCUGUACACUGACGAAACUGAGGGAUUUUGAAGAGUAUGAUGUGUCGGUGGAAGUCUGCGUUGCACCAGGGCAAGCGGAGUAUUAUUACGGUGGCGAUGGUGGUGGCGGCUGUUCAGAAACGCCAAGAAUGUCAGCAAUCACACUUCCUGGAGGUAAGAGCUACAACAACAAACCCUGGGAAUCCUGGGAGGUAGUGGUUCGGAACUUUCAAGGAGACCCUUCUGGCCAACUAGAAGACUUCUAUUUCACCGUAGGCCAACCGUUGGACACACAGACCUGUGACCACUGCUACAACGGUCCGCUCACACCGGAUAUGGGCUACAGGUAG